AUGGCAGCAGCGCAAACAAACGGCUCCGCCCCAACAACCACAUCGCGCGACCCAAACUUCUACGCCGGCUACUCACGCUUCGAGAUCGAACUCGAGUUCGUCCAAUCCCUCAGCAACCCCCAAUACCUCAACUACCUCGCCUCGCAAAAGUACUUUGAGAGCGAGGAGUUCGUCGCCUACCUCGAGUACCUGCAGUACUGGCGCGAGCCGGAGUAUCUGAAGUAUUUGCAGUAUCCCGGGCCGACGCUGAAGGUGCUGGAAUUGUUGCAGGAGGAGAGGUUUCGGCGGGAGAUUCUGAUCCCGAGUGUGGCGGAAGCGAUGGUGGCGGAGGGGUUUGAGGCGGCGACGAAGGGGCUGACGGGGUGA